CUCAACAAUAAAAUCUGUAUUAAAUCCACCUCUUUCAUAAAUCCAACUUUCCCUUUUGACUAUACUUCAUCAUACAAUUCUCCAACCCCUUCUCUCUAUCUCUCUCCCUCUGGAAAUGGAAGACGCUGAAGAAUGCAUCACUGGGCUAUGUUUGGGACUUGGAAUGGGAGGGUAUGUCCCCAAAAAAGGUAAUCAGAAAGAGAACAGGCCCGUGGUAGACUUAGCGUUUGAGCUUUGUCCAAAAGGGGAAGCCAUUAACUUGAAUCAUGAUAAGGUAGAGAGCACUGAUUCUGAUAACAGCAACAACAACAACAACGGAUGCAGAAAAAAACUCAGGCUUUCCAAGGACCAAUCAUCCAUGCUUGAGAACAGCUUCAAACUGCAUAGCACUCUUAAUCCGGUCCAAAAACAAACACUGGCUGAUCAAUUGAAUUUAAAGACUAGACAAGUCGAAGUUUGGUUUCAGAACAGAAGAGCAAGGACCAAACUGAAGCAGACAGAAGUGGACCGUGAGUGGUUGAAAAAACAGUGUCAAAAUCUAAGCGAUGAGAACAAAAGAUUGAAGAAGGAAUUGCAGGAACUACGUGCACUUAAGGUUGGACCAUCGCCUCUGUGCAUUCAACUAUCCAAAACGGCAACUCUGACUAUGUGCUCUUCGUGCGAGAAACUAGUAAAACUGAACGAAGGAAAGAACAAUAUAGAGUUAAAGGGUACAAAUUGAUACAUUGGAAUAUCAUCAAGCACCUGUUGCAAUACGUAACUCAAAAAAACCUUUCUAAUUAUGAUUAGAAUGAAAAACAGUACAUAUCCUAUAUAUUAUAUAAUUCCUCGGUCCCCACAUCGAAGAGAGAGGAAACUGGGGCGGCUUAGAUAGAUACGUAGUUAGUAAUCAGGUGUUUCUUCUCUUGUAUAUUUAUUCAAUUUAUAAACUAAUUAAUCAAAAUUAUUUAUUUCUCAAUUUGUUUCUGCA